AUGGACACCAAGCCUCAGAGCAAGAGAAUAGCUUUGGAUAUCAAAGAAUGGGAGCAGACAUUUCAAGAACUGAUCUGUCAGGAGAAACCCCAGGCCAGAUGGACCCUGAAGAUGGAUGGAAACCUUCGGCCAAACUGUGUGGCCCAGGGGUGGAGGCAAUACCAGCAGAGAGGAUUUGGCAGGUUUCAGUGUUCCUCAUGCCGUCGAAGCUGGGCUUCCGCCCAAGUGCAGAUACUAUUCCACAUGUACCUGGAGAACCAGAAAUCCACGGGCAAGGUGCUCAUGCGGAUCUUUGGACAGAGGUGCAAGAAGUGCUUCCAGUCUCAGUUUGAGAAGCCUGAUUUCUCCCCAGAAAGCAGCCAGAGGAUUCUGAAAAACCUGGUGCAGCGUGUUCUGGAGAAAUUCUACAGAAAUGGUAUCAGGAAGGUUUCGGAGAUACCUGUGAAACCGGAAGUACCUUUGGAUGGGUCCCAUGACAAGGCCAAUUGUGAAGCAUGCAUUCUGGGCUACUGUGGACUGAACUUAGAAAACUGCAUGACAGGGCCAGGAAAAUCCUCUCUCUCCUACAUGAACACUGGGAGUUCCUCUCCUCACAAUGGUGACGAGCGUGGCCAAAACCGAUCUAGGAACCACUCAGCAGCGGGGAGUGGAUAUUCUGAAACCCUUAUAGGCUCAGGGCCCAGCCAUGUCACUGCUGGGAUCCAAGUGCCUGGGACAGGCCCUCAGCCUAAACGGGAGAUGGGCCAGCUGUUCACACCAGGGGGAGAUCAACAGGCAGCGCAGGCAACCGGCCCACAGCCCAUCCAAGUAGCAAGAUCACUUCCCCCAGGGUGGACUGAUCCACGGCCCAAUCAAGCAGUAGGCCCACUACCUGCAGGGUGUGCAUAUUCACAGUCUACACUGGGGAGAGGACCGCAGGCCCCCCGGAUGACGUACUCUCAGGCUAUAAGGAUGUCAGGCCAGCGGUCAAUGCAGGAGGCACAAGCCACACAAGGGGCACAGCUUCAGGGCACAAAGAUGACAGAACCACAGCCCACCAGAGGGACAAUCCCAAGGGCCACAUCAAGGUCAGACAGUCAGGCUAAAGCGAGGGCAGGCCCCCCACCACAGGGGUCAAGCUCACAGCCCACACAAGAGGCAAUCCCAAAGGCCACAUCAGGGUCAGACACUGGGGCUACAGGGAAGGCAGGCCCCCCACCACAGGGGUCAAGCUCACAGCCUGUACAGGAGGCAAUCCCAAAGGCCACAACAGGGUCAGACAUUGAGGCUACAAGGAGGGCAGGUCCCCCAGUGGGGUCAAGUGCACAGCCCACAUGGCCACAUGUAGGACCUUCGUGUGGAAGUCAAGCUGCCUGGGGCAGGGAGGAGAGGUGGUUUGCUUCAAACAGCUUUUACAGAUUACCUCCCCCAAAUGAUUUCUGUAACCAGGAGCAGCUCUUCAGGUGGGGCUAUGCCUGUGUUUUUGCUCUGUUUACCUUUCUGGUGUCUAAAUACUUAUGA